AUGCGCAGAGGUAUAUUUUCGCUGCUUCAUGAACCUCUGCUUGAGCGUCUCCAAGAAAUGAUGAUGAGAGAAUGUCCCUUUGCACAGACUUUUGAGAUGGCAAGACAACGUUUCGCUCAUAAUGAAGACAGUUUUCACAUCAUGAUUAGUGGCCGGGCAACAGCGACAUUAGGAAGAACUUAUUCUGCCCCUACUAUAGAUGAAGUGGCGGCCAUUGUUGUAGACCCAGCCUCCACAGACUAUCCAAACUAUGUCCUUAAUCUAAGGAGAGAUGUGGCAACAUUUCGUAGAAAUGGCACUGUGGAACAUAUUAUAAGUGAAUGCCAUAGAUCCUAUGAUUCAAUGCAUUAUGUUUUGAUGUUUCCGAGAGGUGAGAACGGAUGGAAUGUCAAUAUGCCACUCAGCAUUACUACGAAUGCCUCCUUCGAAGACGAUGAUGAAGGUGAUGCAGUUAAUAGCGAAACUGAUGACGAUAAUGCUGCCAAUGCAGUUGAAGCUGAAAUCGAUGGCGAUAAUGUCGAACAAGAAGUUACAAGGCCUAUUACCACCAUUAGAAGAGCUCAGCAAAAUAUUAGCGUAAUGCCAUUUUAUGCUCAUCGAUUGCAAGUGAGACCCAACGCAGGAAGGCUGCAUUAUUUCGGCCGGCUCUUUCAUCAAUAUGUAGUGGACAUGUAUGUAAAGGUUGAACAUCGACGUUUGGAAUAUCUACGAAAUAACCAGGGAUCGUUACGAACAGAGCUGUAUUCAGGGCUUACAGAUGCAGCGGUACCUGAUAGCACCAUCUCCACUGAGGAGAUUGGUAAGCAAAUUAUUUUACCCUCAUCACCUACUGGAUCACCAAGAUCAAUGCAGCAGUUAUAUCAGGAUUCAAUGGCAAUGGUUUCUGCAUUGGGUUAA